AAAUCUUGACACUUAUCCAUGUCACAGCCUCCAGAUCAAGAAUUCUCCCCUAAUCAAAGCAUGCAUCUUUUGAACAUAACGAUAGACCCUCCAAGCUAAUUAAGCUGAUCAGGCCGCCAUGAACAGUACCUUAACAUAUAUAGACAUCGACUUCAACAAAAAUAUGGCAAGGAAAGGGAGAAAGAAAAGGUAAAAAAGAUAGAGGCCACUUUCUUUCUUUUUCCAGGGAAUCCAAGGAAUUAAUAUUAUCCUAGGCCUUCCUUCUUCAUCCAAAAUCCUAGCUAUAUAUGUACAUUUGUUUAAACCAACUGCUACCUUCUAGCUCAGAAGUAAAAGGUUGAACAGAUCAAUUUAGUUUUUGGAUGUUCAUUGAUUUCUUGAGGUUAUUCUUCAAAUGGCAAUUAACAUGCAGAUUGUUCUGGCUUCCAAUUGCGAGAAUGUUGAGGCACAGUACGUGGAGAUGAUCGUCCCUCUUUAUUCCCAUGGAUGUGAGAAGAAAGUGAAGAAGACCUUAUCUCAUCUCAAAGGAAUUUACUCUGUAAAUGUAGAUUAUUAUCAACAAAAGGUGACAGUGUGGGGGAUAUGCAACAAAUACGAUGUCUUAGCUACCGUAAAGAGCAAAAGAAAGGAAGCUCGCUUUUGGAAUCCCCAAGACAACGUUCAAAUGGAAGAAGAUGAAGAAUCACAACCACCAUCAUCACCACCACCACCAAAAGACUCCAAAACUAUUCCUUCUUUGACCCUAAUGAAGGCUCGUUCUCUAACUCGCUCCUUGAGUUGGAAAGUAUGGAAAAAGGUUUUCACGAGGACGUUCUCCUUCUAAAGAAACUAGAGCAUGCAUUUGGGUUGUCGUAGGCUUGUAGCUAGAAUAAUUUAUGAGUGUAAUAACAACCUAGCUAGCUGGCUGGCUAUUCUCUUAUUGUUUGUAUAUUAAAUACGCUAGCUAGCCUUGUUCAAGAAUUUCGGCUCCCUUUGCUUAAUUUGUUUCUUGCAAGAAAUUGAAGAUGGUGACUCGUUUUUCAUCUCCUUGUUUGGUAGAAACUUGGAACUUGUCAUGUCCGCCAAUGUGUUCUUUGAAUUUGGACUAAGACUUACAAUUUGCGUUCCAAUACACUUCCCAUGAAAAGGCCAAGGAGAAAGGUACUGAUAAUAGAGAAAUCUUUAUUGGGGAGUUCAAAUUAAGCCUAAGUUCAUAGCUCAAGUUAAAGCCUCUUUAAUGCAUAAAAUAAUAUAUGUAGCAAAAGAUUUUUGACCAUAAAAAUAAAUAGUUAGUUGAUAAUCAUCCUACUUUUCAAAAUUUGAAAAUCUAAGUUUCUAAUUAAUUAAUUAGAUUACAUGCCAUUUGUUAUCCUCUGACCCAAAAGAGUUGAGAGUUUUUGGCAAGAACUGGGUCCUAUAUUGUGCCUAACCAGCCACACAAAAUUCAGCCAUGGAAGCCAUUGCUGGUCCACCCACGUUGCUCCAUUGUUUUGAUCAGGCGUAUCAUUUGAAAAGGGUACGUUAAGAAUGCGA